AUGUCUAGAGCUCGGCAUUUUGCAUCUACAGAAGGCUCAGAAGAAAUGCGUGUUUGGCUAAAGAUCGUGAAAUAUAUUGAACAAUAUGAAAAGUACUUAGAGCGUGAAAAUAUGUAUAGAUUAGAUAUUAAAAAAAUACAAGAAAAAAUAGUAACUGAAACAAAUAUAACAUCUAUUAAGACAUUACAAAAUACAUAUCGAGCUGCUUUUGAAACAGUCAAUUCUCAACAAAAUUUGCUUUUGCAAAUGCAAGAAAGUCUUGAUAUUCUUAUUGCAUUACAGGAUUCAAGACGGAGAAAAAGAAGGGCUGAUGAACAAGCACCAGAUCUUCCUAUUUUCCGUGCAAAAAAAUCACGCAACCAAACGGCUAAGGAAACAUUGCAAAUUGGGUCUCAGGUUAAACAAUAUUUAAGAAAGGUUAAGCAUGGCUAUUUAGAAGAUUUAAACACUUAUAUAGUGGCAUUUCGGCAGCCAAAAACAAGAAACAAUCAAGGAGAUUGGAUCCAAUGUAUUAUCACGCGUAUUAUUGGAGAAGGAUCAAAAAUACGAUAUGAAGUUCAAGACCCAGAGCCGGAUGAACAUCAUCAUUCUGGACAAAUUUAUAGAACAGUGGCUUCAAAUCUUAUUUUAAUUCCUAGUACUUCGGCAGGACUUCGUCCCUUAUCUCCUGGUAGGCAAGUUCUUGCAAGAUAUCCAGAGACGACAACGUUUUAUAAUGCACAAAGAGAUGGAACAUGUAAAUUGCGAUUUGAAGGAGAAGUCGGAAAAGAAACAGAAGUAGAGCGGAAGCUUGUAUUAGAAGUGAAUCAGUGA